ACCUUCGUCUGACAGAAAGUGGAAGACGGAGUUUUUCUUCGUCUCCGGAAACUGGGCUGGAAACCCUUCAGACGUUGGACGGGACACUUUUGGUCGUUAUACUGGGGACCUAGGGAACCUUCGUCCUCAGGGUAAGUUUAAAUUUUUUUUUUUUUUUUAAGUUAUUAUUAUUUUUUGUAUCCUAACUUAUUCCUUUACAGCUGUUGGGCGUCCUUCCCUUAGCAAGUUUCACCGUGAUCGCGUCCACAGAGCUCGUCUAUACGCAGAUAGGAGUUUCCACUCCCUAGUGACUCUUAGACGGCUUGCUAAGUGGGGACUUGGUCCUGAUCCUUCUGACGAAGCACUAGCGCACGAAAUAACCGUAAGGAGAAGAAUGGCGACAAUGAAGGGUAACAAGGGAAAAGAUGUAGCUGGUGAGGGAGAUCGUCCUGAGGCUGGGGACGUCCGUCCUGAAGCUGUACCCCAAACUCGUCCGUCUGCUGGGGACAAAAGAAAGUCCUUACCGAAGAAUUUGGACUUAGGGAGCCUUCCCAGCAGGCGGGACAAAAGAGUGAAGCAUUCAUCGUCUAAGGUGGCCAAGCCUAUUUUGCCUCAGCCCAACCUCUCCGUCCAAACAAUUGAUGUGGACGUAUCUCCACCUGUGGAGAUGACCUCGUCCAAGACCCCUCCUAGGACGACUGCACCUACCUCGUCUCAGCUCCCGUCGAGAGUGUCUUCGAACAUAGUUGAAAACGAAGAUUUGGCUUGGCAACGUUUUCAAGAAGCUGUGAAGGACGAGGACAUACAUGCAUGUUAUGACAUGUCUUUAAAAGACUUUGAACAUUCUGGUGUUCAUGAUCUUUUUAAGGCCAUGUCCAAGUUCAUCGCAGCGUCUAGGCAAGCCACAGAGUUGGACAAGACGAGGAUUUUGCUAGAGACGACCAUAAAAAACGUGAGGGAGGAGAGCAAGAAAUGGGCUGGGGUUGCUGCUGAGGCUAAGGAGAAGGAAGUGGAGCAGCUAAACUUGAUCGCAGAGUUGAAGGCCGCUGUGGUGGAGAAAGAUUCCCGUCUUGACCACCUUCAAGCGAAGAAUGACGAGCUGAGUACUUCCCUCUCCAAGGCUAAGGACGAUGCCAUUGCGGAGUUCAAAGCGUCCAAGGAUUUCACAGACUUGUUGGACCGCAACUAUGCAGCGGGUUUUGAAGACUUUAGGAUGGACGCUGUUGAAAACUUCCCUGAGGUGGACUUCAACUCUAUCAAACUUAACCUGAAUGCUGCUACCAGCUCUCUUCUCCAAACCAGCUCUGAGGACGUCAAUAUUGAAGACGAUGCCUCUACCCAGCCACCCACUGCUCCUCCUGCUUAAGAACGUGUUUUCUU